CCUCUGUCAGAGAGCACUUUUUUCAGAUUUAUAUUUUUAUUUUUAAUCUAAUAAGGAGGGGAAUUAUGGCACGAAAAUGGAGGGAAAAUAUACACUUUUGUAGACACUUUUGGCCACAAAAUCAUUAGAAAAGACAGUUGCAUUUUCUUCUACCUUACAGGUAUUUCUAUUCUCAAUGUUAAACAGGUUUAACGAUGCAGACAGAUAAACAUCUGAAUGCAAAUAUCUGUAAAUACAGACAGUGUAAACUAUUAUAUGGAACCUGACCUUCACCUUAAGUUUUAUGUGUGGAUUAACUCAGUCAGCAGUUACUUAAACAAAGAAGAUAUUGAUAUAAACAACACGCAAUUGUUACAAAGAUAAAUGAACUUAAUUGUUAAUACUUAAAAAUUAAAAGUUAUCAAAGGUUUUAAAAUUAGUUUAAAACAUUGACUUUUAAGUGAUAUCCUGAUAACUGUUAACAAGAAUACAAAUGUACUAAACUUGAAUUCUCUGUAAAAAUGGCGACUCCAGGUGAUGAACAUGUACUUUCCUCGGAUCAAGUUUACGAUUUUGCCUGCUCAUCAUGUGAAGAAGACAAUGUUAAUACAGAGGCUCAGUUUUCUUGCAAGGAAUGUGAAAACUACCUCUGCAACAAGUGCAUAAAACUGCACAAUAAACUCUUCAAGAAGCAUGAGGUGCUCGGACGCUCUGAUGUCACAAAGUGGGUCAGGAAGAAGUGUGAAACCAGUCUGGAAAAGUGUGAAAAACACCCGGAGGAGAGUGUGAAGAUGGUGUGUGAGGACCAUGAUGAGCUUUGCUGCUCUCUCUGUGUUUCCCUUUCUCACAGAAUGUGUCGCAGCAUUAGACUCAUUGAUGAUUUAGCAAAAGGAGUCAAAAAUACAGACCAAUUAAAAGACCUGACACAAAGGGUUAAAGCAAUUAACACAGAACUUAUUACAAUGAAAAAGAAAAGGCUUAGCAACAAGAAAGCUCUACAAGAUUCAGAUAAAAACCUUGUUCAGGAUAUUAAAACCAUCAGAGAAAAGUUCUUAGCAUCCCUUCAAGAGCUGGAAAUUGACAUUGGUGAAGAAAUGGAUACUCGAAAGGACAUAUUUGUAGGAAAGCUUCAAGAGGAUGUUACACAAUGUACAGAAAUGCAUGACAAGUUGAUUAAAACACUGGGCUAUUCUCAAUCGGAUGAUGAAAGGAUGUCUUACAUUGGCUAUAGAAGGUGUCAAGAACAGGUAAAAGAUGCAGAAAUAAGCCUGAAUAAAAUGUCAAAGAUACCAGAGUAUAAACUUUCAUUCAAGAUUGAGAAAGAUUUAGACAAUCUUUUUGACAGUUUAAAAAGUGUAGGCAAAGUAGUUUCUACUCCAAGCUUUGAUGAAUGUGAUUCAAAACCAGAACAAUUUGUCCAUGACACGAAAACAGAAACAAGCAGUACCACUGCAAGAAAAUGCUAUGAUCCAAACUAUGCGUUCACAACCAAAGCGACACACAUCCACAAUUUGAGGAUAAAAGAUGAGAAACCAUGCUCUAUUAAAGGAAUUUGUGAGCUACAGACAGGGGAAAUAGUGCUGGCCGACUGUGCCAAUAAUAAAAUGAAAGUUUUAAGUAGGGAGUUUAAAAUAGUCACUACUCUUAAUCUUCCACAACACACUGAAAAUAUGUGCAUUGUAGGUGGAAAUGAAGUUGCACUGGCAGUAGAUGAUGCUAAAAAGAAACAUGAAGUUCAUUUUAUAACAAUUGACAAAUUUGAAGAUAUUGAAGCAAAAUCUAUCAGCAAGUUUGCAGUGGCACACAACUGCAAUGCUGUAAGCUUUCACAAUGAUUACGUGUACGUUGGUUCAGAAUCGUCUGUUUACAUGUAUAGCAAAGAUGGGAUAAUAGUCAAACAGGUCUACCAUAAAUUGGGAUGGUCUCAAUGUACAGUGAACGGAAUCCACACCAGCAACAAUGGACAAAAAAUUUACAUCACAGACUCAUCGAACAACAAGGUGAUAACAGUUGAUAAUUCCGGAAAAAUAUUAUCAACAUGCGAGGAUCCAGAUCUACUGUUUCCUGUCAGUUUAUGUGUAAGCGAGCAUGGGCACCUAUUUGUCUGUGCAAUGGGGUCAAACUCAGUACUGCAAAUUGACAAGGAAGGGAGAAGGAAGUUAAGAACAUUAGUCAGUGGUGAAAAGGUCAGCAAGCCACUUGUAGUGUACUUUUCCACAAGGUCACAGCAGCUCAUGGUAGCUGGUAACACAAAUGAUUUACUUGUAGCUGACCUGAUAUAACUUAAAGUUACUUGCAGGUGACCUGAUUAACUUAAGGUUACUUGAAGCUGACCUGAUAUAACUUAAGGUUACUUAAAGCUGAUCCGAUAAAACUGUAAGCUAGUUGAAACUGACCUAAAAUAUGUUUACAUUAAUUGAAGCUUACCUUAGGUUACUUGAGGAUGACCUGAUAUAACUUAAGGUUACUUGAGGAUGACUUGAUAUAACUUUAGUUACUUGAGGAUGACCUGACCUGAUAUAACUUUAAGUUACUUGAGGAUCACCUGAUCUUAUAAUUAACCUUAAGUUUGAAGAUGCAACAUUCUUCCUAAGUGUUUUGUUUUCUUUGUCCUUUGUAAGCAUUGAAUGGUCAUAUGACUUAAUUUGGUGAAUAGCAUACUUAUAGCCACUGUCAAGAGCAGUGAUGACAAAAUUGUACUAACCAUUGCUGUUAGUUAACAGUCUCAAACAAACCAAGACUGCAUUUUCUUCCUUUGGAUCCCAUUUCUAAACUUUUCAAAAUAAAGGUUUAAAAAUAUCUGGGGGGAAUGUAAGGGGUUGUCUCUUAGUGAAAUUUUAAAUAUUUCUAUCAACAGUUUUUUUCUUUUUUUUGCAAUUAAUCAUGAUUGUACAAAAUCAUUUGCCAACAUUUGCUUAUGUAAAGGUAUUUGUAUUCAUGCAUAUUCGGGCCAUCUUACGUACACCAAAAUAUCGUCAGAAUAUGAAUUUCAGUUUAGGUUAUAUUUUACAGUUAUUACAACAUUAUAUUGAUCACUCUUGUUUGCACGAUGCUAUGCAAGAGUUUGGUCUUGUUUUGUGGAGGAAACCGGAGUACCUGUAAACCCACUUAUCCAGCUUGGUGACCACAAACCAACUCACAUGCACCUAGACAUUGGAAUCAAACCUGGGUCGCCUAGUUGAGAAGUGAGUGUGCAAACAACUGCGCUUACCGGACAACCAAUUUCAGUUUAAAAAAUAUUUAGUGAGUGUCACAAAUCAAACUGUAAGUUCUGAUUACAAGAUAUAUAACUUUUGCCUAAACUGACCUACAAAGCACUUAGGUUUUGAUAUAAAUAUUAUAACUAAUCAAAAAUAUUAAUUUGAAAACGGCAAUCAUAAAAUGAGUGCAUCGAUAAGAUGGCCCUAUUUUGUACAUAUAAAUUAACAUACAUGAUAAUAUUCAAAUAUAUUGAUGAUAAUUGUUUUGUUUUAGUGUAUGAUUGUAAUAUAUUUCACCUAGUGAGCACGAAAAGCUAUAAUUCACGAGUGAAAUAUACUAUUUUUGUGUUGUCGAGGUGAGAUAUAUAGUGAUCUUACACUGAAACAAGCCAUUUUUUGUUUUAUUAUACGCCUUAAAGGAAUUUAAAAGGACAGUUUAUUGUAGUCUUUCAGAAAAUCGUGUCAAAUUGUAUGCAAACACGUCAUUUUAGAAAUUACAUCGUUAAAAUUGCGUCACAGCCCUCUGCGUAUUGACUUUGAUUUAAAAGUGAGAGCAGGCGAAAAUUUCAAAACAGAGAAAAAUAUCAAGUAUAUAUUAUUUAUAAUUCACUGAUAAACCUCUUUAAACCACCAGAAAGCAUAUAAUAAAAUUGUCCAUUUAACUAUUCAUAAGAGAGUAUGUUUUUGCAAAUGGUAUCCUGAACUGUGUGUCUUGUAUGCUUUAUAUAAAUGUAUAAAAGUUGUUUUUUAUUCAAAUAAAUAUACAUAUAGUUUGAAUGUUUGCAAGAAUGUGAUAAUUCAGAGUUACAGAUAACAUUAUUAUUCAUUACGCAUUCCUUUUUAAUUAAUUGCGUAUUCUGCCUUUUCUAAUGCGUUUUGUUACUCAUCAAUUUUUAAAACAAUUGCAUGAUUUUAAUUGCAUAUUGACGCAAAUACGCACCUAGCUUAUUUGUAACUCUGAUAAUUACUAUAUUUUUCUACUAUGCAUGCCUAUUUUGAUUAAUAAAUCAUAUUUGAUAUAUAUUCUAUGUAUUCAUCCCAAAUAAACAUCUAUAAUGAGGAGUCCUUUCAGUAAAAUUAAUUGUCUAUCAUGAAAUAGCCAGAGGUUUGUUUGCCAGAGUAUGAAAGAUUUACGCACCCAAAGCAGGGUAAAGAGGCUUAGACCUUAGGCUUAGAGGCUUUAAAAUUAUUUCCACAGACAUUCACAUUCAUUUCAAGGUAUUUCCUACUGUUUUUGCUGCAAAUGUCUGAGCAUAAACAAUCUUUAGAACUGUACAUUAUUCUAGUCUGCAGUUAAAAGCUCUCAAUCCAAAUUUCAGGAUUUUAUCGGAAAAUCUGUGAUCUUGUUUUUGUCAGCAGUCUUAUAUGAUUGGUUUAAAUGCAUUUUCACAUAGAUUUGCUUAUUCCAAGACAAAAAAGUAAAAAAGUUGUCAAAACAUUAAAUCUGUGAGAGUGCAGCUUUAAGUGUACAAGAAAGAACACAAACUGUUUCAAAUGACGAAUGAAGUAACUUUAACUACAUGUACAUGCAUUUCCUUUACCACUUCAGAUACACUUAGCUUAACAAUCAAGAUGAAUUACCGGAAGUGUAUAAUAUACAGGAUACCAGUACAUGUUUUAUAGAGGAAAAGAAUAUUCUUCAAACAAGAGAAACAAAACCAUUAAACAUGUCUGUUUUCUUCAGUUAAUUAAGGGGCCUACAAUGAUGCCUCAUUAGGGUCUAAGCUGGAGAGUAAUGGAAGGGUGGUGCACCUUGUCCUUUUUGAAAGCACCUUUCUGCCCUCAUGGAGACCAGAAUGUGCAACUUCCUACUUUUAAAGAAUUAAAUUCUGAAGAUAAACAAAUAUUUCUUUUACUUUGAUUACAUAACAUAUUUGGUAUUUGAAACCUGCUAUAAAUUCAAAUUUCUAAAAAUUUCUAUGAAAUUCAUUAUGCUUAAAGUUAAAUAAUUCACGGCCCGAAACAAUGUGCCCUUUUGUCCCACAGCACCCGGUCCCUUUUCUGUAGCAACCUGUCCUUUUUAAACCUGGCUUAUGCGAUGAUGUACCUGACUUACAUUUCAGAAAGAGUGACAGCACUUAAUUGCUUAAAAUUGCAUGUUCAGAAAAAUAAUGAAAAAUCGUGGAUGAAAUUUAUUUCUGGGUUACAAAAAUGCAUAUAUCUUUGUUGAAAUAGAUGCAAUCAACACAAAGCCUGAAGAGAUUGUUGAUUGGGCAGUGCCGAUAAAUUUUACUCAUAAACAUAUUCUUUUUGUAUUUGGUCAUU